CAAUCUGCACAAUGGCAUCCAUUCUACCACGUACCGGCUUGAGAGCCCUUUCUGCGCUCUCCAGAUCCGUCCCUGUCUCAAGAGUGGCUUUCUCCCGCCAGCUUCCGCGCGCCCAGCCCCUCGUGCAGCCCUUCGGUCGCAGAUUCCUUGCGACUGUUCCCCAAGAACAGCCUCGCCUGCGUCUUGGUUCUACUGCUCCAAACUUCAAGGCUCAGACCACCCACGGCGAAAUUGAUUUCCACGAGUUCAUCGGAGACAGCUGGGCCAUUCUCUUCUCUCAUCCCGCCGACUUCACCCCAGUAUGCACGACCGAACUCGGAGCUUUUGCCAAGUUGAAGGGCGAAUUCGACAAGAGGGGUGUCAAGAUGAUCGGUCUGAGCGCCGACGAUCUCAGCUCUCACGGUGACUGGGUCAAGGAUAUCAACGAAGUCGCAUCGACCACCGUUCAGUUCCCCAUCAUUGCCGAUCCCGAGCGCAAGGUCGCGUUCCUCUAUGACAUGAUCGAUCAACGCGACCUGGACAACAUCGCCGAGAAGGGCAUUCCUUUCACCAUCCGGGCGGUUUUCAUCAUCGACCCAGCCAAGAAGAUCCGUCUGACAAUGCUGUACCCUGCUUCCACCGGCCGUAACUCCGCCGAGGUCCUGCGUGUGAUCGACGCUCUGCAGGCUGCGGACAAGAAGGGCAUUGCUACUCCCAUCGACUGGACCGUUGGCGAGGAUGUCAUUGUUCCGCCCUCCGUCUCGACCGCGGACGCUAAGAAGAAGUUUGGCAAUGUGCGGGAGGUCAAGCCUUACCUGCGCUACACCAAGUUCUAGGUGGUCUUCAAGUCAUUCCGGUCAAUACAAGGGAUCCAGUAGAUUUGUAACAACAAUAAGAUUUUUCAUUAUAUCCAGCGUGAUAUGUCAAAGUAGCCUUGCUAUGGCAUGGUCAGUUUUGCACGUCGGC